GUUUACUCUUUGCUGCGUAGAGGAAAUUUCCUCAAGUGAACAGAUUUCGAUAUCUGUGGGAUUAACGACCGUAAAAUGAAGACUGAGAGAGGCCUCAGUAUCAAUAAUCCGAAUGAGUCGUGGCUUGAAAGCAAAGGUACAUGGUUCACAUACGUGUUGUUAAUCACGAUUGGCCAUUUGGUUAUCCUCAGUGUUCCCUUCUUUGAUACGCCAACGGCAUGGACAUUGACAAAUACCUUCCACAAUUUGGUGAGUUGAACGUUUUGAUUCUUUUCUCUUUCUGAAGCGUCUCGCGCUGAAAUUUAUUAUUUAAUGUUAUACGUGAAUUUGACGGCAAAAGGUAACAUUAUAAAACCUUCUGGGUUUUUUUUAAAGAAGUGUAAUACGGAUUUGAUGUGACGAAAGAUGAUACUGAGAAUUAGUUGUCACGAAAAUACAGCAACAAGGAAACAUAUGAGUUUAAUGUGUGCAUCGAACUUCAACUAAUGGGACCAAUCGUAUCCUCUAUCAAUGAGGUCCAGAGAACUCUUAAAAGCAGACAUAAAAUCAUAUACUGGGUUUCGACAUUUUGAGCUUAUUAAAUAUCUUUUGAAUCUUUAGGAUUUUAGUUUGAAAAUAAACACGGUUAUAUUGCGAUUUGGAGAAAAUGAUCAUAAGCAAGUAUAAAUGUAGCUUUUUUUUUAUUUUCAUGUGGAAACACUAUUUCCGUGUAUAGGGCUUGAUGCUAUCAAAGAUAAACUUUAUCCUGAAUUAAUUUGAUAUGGCUUUACAAUUAAUACACAUCACUCCAGGUUUAAGGUAAUUAUAGCCUUUGCUCGUCGGGUAAUUUUCAGAUAAUAAAAUUUCUUUGUGUUAUAGCAAUUUAGUUUUGUGAACUGUAAGUUAUGUUCUAAAUUUGCUACACAAACAUCAGAUUUGUUAUUUUUCAUGCAGUGGUUUCAUUUAGCCACUGUUAUUAAUAAGUAAUAAUAGCAUUGUUGCAAUAAGUGAUCUUGUUUUUUCUGAGAGGGUUAGCAAGAAUAUUUUCUUCGACAAGUAAAUUCAGUGAAGCCGUUGAUAAUCAAUGUAUGGUUUUUUUUAAAAUUUUUUUUAAUUGAUCAUGCAGAAAUAUCUAAGAAGAAAAAUUGUGGAUGUCUUGUGAGAUUAAUUGCUUAGUUUGUUAAUGAAUUUUUAAGCUUGUAGUUAUAAAAGUUUUCAUGAUUUUUAAAAUCUGUCAUUGGUACCCAUUAACUUUUCAGUUAUCUUUUAUUCAAUGAUGUGGUAAUGCUUUGUAGUGUAUAAAAGGAAACCUUGCUAUGUGUUACAAUAAUCCUUGGCUCAAAUUCAUGUUCAUGGAGACAAAUUUGUUUUAAUCUGGAGUGACCUCUUUAAGCUGUCAACCUCAGGAGUUUCAUCUCCUUUUAAUUUGGGUUGUUGAAUCAAUACAGGUUUCAUUUACUGUCCAUGAAUAGUAAGUUGUUACUUGAAUUAAUCAUAUACUAUUGUGGAACAAUCAACUGAAUCUGAAUAAAAUGGAUUGUGGACCAGGCAUUUUCAGGCACACAGAAUAAAAGUUUAAACCCUUAAAAACAUUGUAAAAGUAGGCAAUGUGAUCUAAACCCUUUCACUCCCAGUUACUUUACAUUUAUUUAAUAUCCCACUGUACCAAGUAAAGUACAAGUGAUGUGCAGGUUGAUACAAAUAUCCUGUGAUAUUGAACAGUUGGUUUUUUUUGUACUUUAACCCUUUAACUCCCAGAAGUGACUAACAUGUAACUUCUCCCUAUGAUAUCUACACAUUUUCUUGCAAACAGUUAAUGAGAAUACUAAGACUUAUCAAGAAGAAGUUUUAAAUCUUGAUCUUACAUCAAAUUCUUACAACCAAUUUAGAAGGAAUUGUAUAGCAGCAAGCAGAAAGAAUUAACAGUCAGAUCUUGGGAGUUAAAGAGUUAAAAUACCUGUUUAACAGGUUGGCUGUGAGUGCUAUGCUUCUCUAUCUGCUUGGCUCUUCCUGACUUCUUAGAAAUUCAUGUAAAAUAAAGCCGUUGGGUAAUAAACAACUUAAAAUAACACUAUAACUUUCAUUACUUAAAAGAGUUCAUUAAAUUUACAUUAAAAUAUUUUAGAUUAAAUUCUAUUCAAUAUAUUCUUGCAUAAAAAAUGUUUGAACUAGUGGCCUGCUCAGCCUUGUUUGAGUGAUUGUUUCAAGUAAGAGCAUCCCUGUAUUGCAAGCUCUAUUGAAGGGCUUCAGUGUUGGGUCUUAGAAUGAACAGAUAUAGCUGUGAGCCAUGUAGAUUGUAUCUAGGGAUAGUAUUUGUGUAUGGGUGUGGAUGGAGCCCAAUUAGGGAAAUGUUAUGUGGAGUGACAACCAAUUGAGGUUGAACUAAAUAAAAAGACAAGAACGAGAAAGUCUAAAGAUCUUUGAGCUCUCUUGUCUAAAGUCUGGCAUUGUAGGCAUUUGUACAAUGCAACCUUGCACUCUGCACUAUAGUUUAGUGUACACUACAUUGAACAUUGCUUCAGCACAGCACAAGAUAUAACACUGUGGAAUACUCUGUUCUUGUUUCAGAGUAUGUUCAUCUUCUUACAUUACCUGAAGGGAACACCAUUUCAAACAGCUGAUCAAGGAAAAGCCCGAAGGCUGACACACUGGGAGCAACUUAACAAUGGCGAACAAUUCACAGAAACAAGAAAGUUCUUUACUUUGGUGCCAAUCUUCUUGUGAGUCUGUUCAAAGUUGAUAAUUUCACAGAAAGUCUCAAAGUUUUUAAGAAGGACUCUCCAUUUAAUUCUUGUGGGGGGAGGGGGAAGAGAUGGAGAAUAUGGGAAUAAUAUCCAUACUGUUCUUUAUACAUUUCCUUUGUUACUGACAAGGAGAGGUUUUUUAACAAACAAGAGCUUCUUGAGUGGAUGGUCACUUCCUUUAUUCACAUAACCUUGAUGUUUGAUUCAGUAGUGAUAACAUAGAUAGAAAUUAGAUGUUAGUCUCUCCUAGAGGUUAAUUAGUCAAGACCUAUUAAUACACAAUAGCAUGCAAGGUUGACAUGAUGAAAGUAAUGCAAGAUCUGCAGCGGAUAUUGCAUUUAUCGUGUCAAGAUCAAAGUCUGCCUAUUUUGCGAGCCUCUUGUCUGUGUAAUUUUCUCUCAGAGCAAUGUGUCUUCUUUUGCAGAUUUGUUCUUUUGGAAUUGAAUUUGGUUUUUGUCUGAUAUCAUGAAUUAUCAAACCAUGUGCCUGUGUUGUGUGCCUUGGCCUUAAGCUUCAGCAAAUAACUCAGAACUUGGUGGUGAUAAUUCACAGUUUUGUUGCAAAUAAAAAGAAUUGCUUUUUACUAAAGAUCUUGUCUAGAAAGCCAAGUUUUCUUUAAAAAAUCUGAGCGAUUGACAUGAUAAGUCUUUACGGUGUUGUUGUCGCACAAUAACUCAUUUGCGUCUUAAGCUGUUAUAGUCAUUGAUGAUGUUCACCAAUGUUCACCAAUGUUUAAGCUUCUGUUUGAUGUUCACCAAUGUUCACCAGUGUUUUUUUACUAAAUAUUGUUUAGUUUUCUUUAUGUUUAACUUCUAAUAAGGUGUAUUGGAUUGAGGAUCAACUCGCCGAUGUCUCUACUCGAUUUUAUAUGUCGGCAAGUUGGUGUCGGCAAGUUAGACCGUUGGCGAGUUGACUGUAAUUCAUAAUUCACAAUAUCAUACUCAACCUUAUCCAAUAAUUACUUAUUAUAGCAGUCUGUGAAAAAAGGAUGGGGCUACCAUGUAAAAAGUUAUCAUUAUAGGUUUAUUAAUUGCUUUUUUUCUUAAACUUGGUUUCAGAUUUAUGGUGACAAGCUUCUACACAAAGUAUGAUGGAAUUCAUUUUGUCUUCAACUCACUAUCCCUUCUUCUUCUCUCUCUGGUUCCCAAGUUUCCUCAGAUGUAUAAAGUGAGGUUGUUUGGCCUGAACAAGUAUUGA